AUGAGACGUCCUGCAACCGCUUCAGGCCUCCUGCGCCUCGUAGCUGGCGUCUUUCUCCUCGUCAUGCUGCUCCACGUCUCUGCGGUCUCGGCCAGUCGUCCUUCGCUCGACAGCCGCCAAGACGACACAGCAUGGCUACCUCGCGGCGCCCCUCAGCAGCGUCUCUACGCGCGGCAAGCUUCCACGCCCACCACAACCUCAGCCACCGCAACCUACUCCGAGCUACCAACAGCAGCCAUCACCAUCGACGGUCAACCACCGCCCACAAGCUCGGGCGACCCGCUGCUCGCCCUCAUGCCCGACUUCGCAUUCAGCAUGCCCGCCCAGAUCGUCGUCGACGGCAUCAACAUCGCGCUCAUCUCCGUACUCCUCAUCCACCUCCUCUUCACCGUCCAAUACCACUUCCCCCUCAGCCGCAAAAACUUCUACCUCCAGAUCUCCAGCUCCGUCAUGCUCCUCCUCAGCCUCAGCGUCACCCUUCACAUCGUCUUGAGCAACCUCGAAGACGAGUCAAAGCGCUACCCCUUCAUGUUCCCCUACAUCGGCAUCCAACUUCCGCCCGGCGACGACUCGUGGACAAAGCUGCAGGAGGUCUUCUUCCUCCUCAUGCGCGCCAUCACCACCGCACUCAUCCACAUCACCCACAUCCAGUUCCUCACCCUCCUCUUCCCCUCCGCUCUCGAGGCUCGCCUCAUCCUCUGGAUGCUCGGCCCCUUGGCCAUCAUCAACUCUGGCAUGGAGUUCACCGGCCUCGCAGACGACUCGGACGCAAAGACAAACGACCUCGGCGACGCCAUCCGCAACAUCUGCAACUCCACCCUCACCCUCCUCUACACCACCGCCCUCCUCAUAUGGGGUCUCCUCGUCAACCGCAGGCGUGCAUGGCGCGCAGGAGGCGGCACCGCCGCUUUCGGCGGCGGCUCCGUUGGUCUCGCACUCAUCAACACCGCCAUCAGCUUCACCGAGAUCAAGUACGACCGUCUCUGGUGGCUCCCCAACGUCUGCUGGACGCUCACCAUCUGGCAGAGCUGGCUCGGCUUCUGGUGGUGGGUCAGCAGCGGCAUGGGCAUCGGCGAGGUCGAAGAUCGCCAGGAGCGCCUCGAGCGCAAGCGCAAGCGCGAGGAGCGUCGGCGUAGAAAGCUCGAAAAGCAGAAGCAGAAGCUCGCUCUCCAAGACACCGCCGCCGACGUCGCAAAUGCAGAGGCACAUAGCUCCCAGUACGACUCCAGCUCCAUCCCCGGUCUCAACGGCUUCCGUCGCAUCAAGGAUCGCCUCGUCGGCGACCCAACCGCGUCCAGCACCCUCACCCGCCGCCUUCGUCGUCAGCCCACAUCGGGUCAGCCGGGCGAUGCGGGCGAUACCCAGCUCGGUGCCGAUCACGCCGACUCCGCCGAUAACAUCGAGCUCAGCCAGAUCCGUGUGGCGUCCACGGACGCAAGGAGAGACUCGCAAGACCAAGACUCUGCCGACGGCCCAGCUCUCACCGAUGUUGCCGUGCACGACGCCCGCGAUGGCGAUGAAGACGACGACGACGACGACGCCGUCGAAGAGCACCAAGAGGAUGCCAAUGCCGCUAUGGACGACGGAAGAACCACGGCUGGCACCGGAUCCGGAUCGAGCGACACCAAUCCGACCGCCUCCUCGGCGCCCGGCUGGGUCUCGACUGCCGCGCAGCGUUUCAUGGACCACCAGCCCAACUUCAUCAAGGCGCGCUUCCGUCGACUUCGCCUCGCGCACAUGGCUGCCGCUCGACGAGCCGCACACGAGCAGUCGGCUCUGCGCGAGCAGGUUCUUAACUCUUCGCGAGUCACGGGUCCCGGCUUGCGCCACAUGAUGUUCGAUCGUCCCGCCUCGUCGCGUACGGGUAUGGACAGCAAUGUCGACAUGGGCGGCCUGCCCGAGCUCUCGGCCGGAGUCGGUCGCUCGGCUUCGCUGGGAACCAGGCCCACUCAGGACGGCAAGACGCUGUCGGCCACCUCGUCACUCCGCGCUUCCAAGGGCGCCAGGAGCCUCGGAGCCGAUGCCGCUUCCAUCCAGCAGAGGCGGGGCUCGGCCCAGGCGCGCAAUUCCAUUUCGCUUCCAGCUCACCGCAACGCCGCGAUGAUCAAUGAGGAUGACGACGACGAUGACGAUUCCAUGUCGACGCGCGGCCAGGGCAGCUCUGCCGAGAGCCAGACGUCGCUCCAUCGAGCCCUGCGUCGCAUCGAUGCCAGGCCGGUCUCGCCUGGCACUUCCUCUAGGCGCGCAUCGGGGCCCCCCGCCGUCUCGACUGCCAGGGCCUCUUCGACUCACACAGCCGCACCCAGAGCCGGCUCGCAAGAACGUCCACGUGCCUCCGAGGGCACGCGUGCGGCGAGUACGACCCGACCUGCAGCGAGAGGCCAGAGAGACGACGAGUGGGAAGACGUCGACGAUCCGGCUUCCGUCCCCGCUCGUCCUGCCAAUACGCAUUCAUCACACCGCUCCACCUCUCGCAGCAGGAGAAACGAUGGCAGCGACGACGAAGAUGGGGAAGACUCGAGCUGGUUCUGGCGAGGAGGAUUGCGCCAGAUGCGUCUGCGCGAUCGCACCACCUACGACUAG